UUAAUACAUGCAGUGCCCCGCUCACAGGGAACUGGGUGUGAACCAAACUGAUCAGGAGAGAGAAGGAGAGAGAGACAGGGAGGAUCCUGUAUUAUUACAGCAAUACUGGACCAGAACCAAGACCAGGGUCCCACAAAUCCAAGUCUAGACCACAUCCAGAGCAAGGCAAGGUCCAGAUAACAACCAAGAAAAGGGUUCUCCAAGUCUAGAUCCAGAGUUAGAGCUAUCUGUAGAGACAGAACUGAUCAAGAUCAGAACAGUGUUUACUCUGGGACCAAGGAGGAUCUACAGGACCCAAACAGAGACCAGGAUCAACUCCAGGACCAGGGUUUUCUCAGAUCUGGACUCAUCUCUGGAGCUUGUGGACUACAUUUCUGAGGAUGCUCUUCUGUGAUGAUCUGAGGGUGCAGAGGAGAACCGUCUGGACUAGGACUAGAACAGAGCCAGAUCUGAAAGUAGGACUGGACCAGGAUGAAAGGAUUCUUGCUUUCAGGUAUAAAGUCCGGGCUUUGAUCCCAAGAAGGUCAAUAGUCCAGUCUAUAGUUGUGGUCCUGGUUCUUCUGGGAUCUCUGGUGGCUGUGGAGGGGAUUCUAAAUGAGGAUCAGGAGGAACUUCUAGUGGAGCUUCACAACCGCUACAGAGGAGUGGUCCAACCCAGCGCCUCAGCCAUGUUGCCUUUAAAGUGGGACGGGAACUUGAAGCUUGUGGCUGAAAAAUAUGCAGCUACAUGUGUGUGGAAUCACAACCCUGAACUGGAAGACACUGGGGAAAACCUGCACGUUGCCACCGGAGAGCUGGAUCUGGAGAGGGCUUUGGGGAAGUGGUUCCUAGAAAGAGUGGACUAUAAUUACUACAACAACAGCUGUGAAGAAGACAAGAUGUGCGGACACUACACACAGAUGGUGUGGGCAGACACACACAGAGUGGGCUGUGCAGUGCAUCUCUGUAGUCAGAUGGAGGGACUGGACUGGACUGAAGAUAUCCACUUCCUUGUUUGCAACUACUAUCCUCCUGGGAACUAUGAGGGAGAGCGCCCCUAUGUGGAGGGAGAUUGGUGCUCUCAGUGUCCAGAGAAUGUUCAGAGCUGUGAGAACAACCUCUGCGCUCCUGAAGAAGAAUUAGAAGAGGAGCCCGGAUCAAUUUCAGAAGAGGACCAGCACUCAGUGACAAACAGGAGCUUUACUGACUCCCCUGCAGAGGUACCAAUUCUGACGCAAGAUCAAGACCCAGACCAAGAUCCAGAUGAGAAGAGAGAACAAAAUCCAGAGCAGGAUACAGACCAUCCAAAGGAGACCAUAGAGCAGGAGGCAGCAGUCCCACCUCCAGUAACAGAGUUCAUUCGACCAGAACCAUUGGGCACUCCAGUUCCUAAAGAAACUGAGAUUGGUCUAGAAACUGGACCAGAGAUAGGACGCAAGUUUGGAGGAGUAGAACCAGAGGCCGGAUCACAACCUGAACCAGAGACCCCUAAAGAAGAUCCUACAAGAGGUCCAGCAGGGGGCGCUGGGGUGCACAGAGAAGAUGACCAGAAGACCAGUGGAAGGGCUCCUCCUACUCACACUCUUCCACCCCCUGGUCCUAAGACCGCUCCCCCUGAGAACCGUGGGCAGAAGCAGAAGGGGCCAGUGGAGAAACACAGACGAGAUGAGACUAUGGCUUCCUCACACUCUGUGGUCCUCUCUGGGACCUGGAGUUUGUUGUUUUUAUGGAUAUGUUUGCUCCUUCACUGAGCAAGCUGCUAGUUUCCUGUCUCCCUGAUAGCCGCACCCCAGAGAUCUCAAAGUUGAACUCAGUAGAUUUCAGGGCCACACAGUGACAGAAUGGUUAGUUAGCGCUUUAGCCUCCCGGUAGACAGUUCCAGGUUGGAUUCCCAGCAGGGUGAGCACUUUCUGAGUGGAGUUUUCAUGUUCAGCUUUGGUUGCCCUUACCUCUGAAAAUAUGUGCAAUAGGGUCGCACUGGGACCAGGAGUCCCCUGACAGUAAAUCUCAGUGGGACUAUCCUGGUUCAGGAUUGUUUAACCAAAUUUUUCACCGUGGAGCGCCCCCUACAUUUCAGAGUAACCAUAUACUAUAAUAGUAGAAUUAUAACCAUCAACCAGUUUAAAGGUACAAUGUAUUGAGUUCUGCUUCAUGAUCAACAUUCUCUUUUUGGUUUACCUUGACUUCCUGUCUCAUGUUGUUAUUUCAAUUAGAUUUUUUUUGUUCUGUUGUUUUUAAUGUCAUGACUCUAACUGGACUCUGUGUAAUUGCAGUAAACUGUACAGACUGUAAAUAAACAUUAGUUAACUAUAAAAACUAAUCAAUUUCUGUCAUUUAUAUUAAAAAAUAAUCUU